GAUUAUAAAUGUACCGGAUGUUAUGAAUCAGAUGUGUACCGUACGAAGGCGGGUAUGUCCACGUGUGUAGAGAUGGUUGGCGCUUGAGUAUGUAACUAACUUUGAAACAACUGACGACUAUUGCAUCUGUAGAUUGUCUGUAGGCCAUUCUACGUUGUUCGUAGGUAUACUGACAACUUUGAGCGUGUUCUGUCAACGUGGUUUCAGAGUGUUCCAGCUGGUUUUGAAGAGGGCGAUGACAUUUUGACUGAAAGAUAGCAAGAAAAACCACAACUUGGACAGCUGUUGGAGCCACUUUUCCAGGAUGUAUAACCGCAAUCGCCGGGGCGGGCUUGGAGUCAUGCUCCUGGCCGGGCAGAUGAUGAAUGUUGGGGUUCACAGAAUCCCCCCUGUCACUCUCGCCCUCAUAGCAGCACAGACUGCCAUAUUCCUCAACUUUGUUCCUCAGUACUUUCCUUCGGCUACAGCAGUGUGCAUGAGCACGUAUUUGGUGUACUAUCACAAGCAGUGGAAAAGGUUGAUUCUGGGGACCUUUUUUCAUGCCGAUGACAUGCACCUGUAUUUCAAUAUGUCCUCCCUGUUGAUGAAGGGGCUGACUCUAGAGAAACGGUUUGGCAGUGUCUACUUCGCCUAUCUAGUGGCAGUGUUUACAGGGUUAACAAGUCUCACCUAUGUAGGAUUAAACAUGUUUCUGGAAAACGCCAUGGAGGACCACACAUAUUCUACUUCAUGUGCUGUUGGAUUCUCAGGUGUUCUGUUUGCCCUGAAGGUGCUGACUACCCACUACACCCCGCCCGGUCUCCACUAUGCCCUGGGCAUCAUCCCCGUGCCCUCACGCUUCAUCUACUGGGCAGAGCUGGUGCUCAUACAGAUGGUCACACCUAAUGCCUCCUUCACUGGUCAUCUGGCAGGUAUCGUGGUGGGGCUGCUGUACAUCAAAGGACCCCUCAAGACAAUCAUGGAUGGUUUCGUUCCCCCCGGUCCAUCCUACACAUACACUGCCAGGAGCAGUGGGUAUCGGUCAGCAGGAUACACAACAGGAAGGUCAUGGUCGUCUCCACGGCAACAGUAUGGUCAGCCCAGUUACCCAGACCACUCGGCAUACACAGGAGGGAUGAGUGAAGAGGAACAAUAUGCACGAGCUCGAGAGGAGAGCUUGCGACAACAGCAGACUGCAGGCCAGUCCAACAGAUUGUACCCGGACUUGGAUGAACUGAGAAGCCGGCGGAGCGAGCAUUACAACCAGUACAGGUGACCCAGUCAUCAGCACAUGCUUGUCAUACAUGUCCCACCUUCAGAGUUGAUGCAGUGGUGCUGCCUAGCUACAGUACUGUGUACAGAUCAACAUCGCUGGUGAUCUAGUACACAUGUGACCUGGAGCUAAUGUCUGUGAUACUCUUCCACUGGGUUUAGAGCCCAAAUCUUGACGUUUGUAAUGGUCCAUAAUAUUAUUAAUGUGAUUGGACAUUUUAUGAAACCAUACCAUCAUUUGAGACUUCUUCCACCCCAUGCUUAUGUCAUUGUUCAUUUACAUGCCUUCUCACAGUAGUCCUCAGCUGCACAUUUUUUACUGCUUAUCACAUGUUGCAAUCAAUGAUGUUUGCAGAAAUGGUAAGCUUAAAUUUUAUAUUUGACUGGUUUUGGUAAUGUUUAUAUGUAAUAAUAUCAAUGUGAACCAUUUACAGCAACCCUUUUGCCUGAAUCAACUAUGAAACAUUUGCAUAUGAUAGACAUUAUGUUUUAUUUUAUGGAGAUUUCUGAAAACAUCUAAAUUUGACACAACAAAGCUAAAACUGUAUUGUAUUGCUAAUGUAUUUUGUAAAUAAAAAUGUUCUCCCAUGUU